CAAAUAUAAUGUAAUUAAAGGAUAAUGAAGAAAGUGUAAAAAAAAAAUUCCACCUCUUACCCCUGGUGCCAACUGUCAGCACUCUCUCCUCUACCCUCCAAAAACUCUUCCCCCAUAUAUUCUCUCUCCUACACCCCCUCAACUCCCCUGCAAACAUUUCUCUGUUUUUUGUGCAACCAUUUUUGUUUUUCAGAUCUUCAUUUUUUUUUUCAUUCAUUAUAGCAAAAUCUCCAAUUUCAAAAACCUAAAAAAAUGAGGGAAAUCUUGCACAUUCAAGGAGGGCAAUGUGGUAACCAAAUAGGUUCAAAAUUUUGGGAGGUAAUUUGUGAUGAACAUGGUGUUGAUCAAACUGGCAGGUUUAGCCUUGUUGAAGGUGGUUCCGCUGAUACUCAGUUAGAGCGUAUUAAUGUUUAUUUCAAUGAGGCGGCCGGGGGCCGAUACGUCCCCCGUGCCGUCCUCAUGGAUCUUGAACCCGGUACCAUGGAUAGCAUCAGAUCCGGCCCAUUGGGCCAAAUCUUUAGGCCCGAUAACUUUGUUUUUGGUCAGUCUGGUGCUGGUAAUAAUUGGGCUAAAGGUCAUUAUACCGAAGGUGCUGAACUUAUUGACUCUGUUCUUGAUGUUGUUCGUAAAGAGGCUGAGAAUUGUGACUGCCUUCAAGGUUUUCAAGUAUGUCACUCUCUUGGAGGUGGUACAGGUUCUGGUAUGGGUACUCUCUUGAUUUCCAAGGUCAGAGAGGAGUACCCUGAUCGGAUGAUGCUUACCUUCUCUGUUUUUCCAUCUCCGAAAGUCUCUGAUACCGUUGUUGAGCCUUACAAUGCUACUCUUUCGGUUCAUCAAUUGGUUGAAAAUGCUGAUGAGUGUAUGGUUUUGGACAAUGAGGCGUUGUAUGAUAUUUGCUUUAGGACCUUGAAGCUCAGCAACCCUAGCUUUGGUGACUUGAACCACUUGAUCUCGGCCACAAUGAGUGGAGUGACAUGCUGUCUCCGAUUCCCUGGUCAAUUGAACUCCGACCUCAGGAAGCUUGCAGUGAACCUCAUCCCAUUCCCCAGGCUUCACUUCUUCAUGGUGGGUUUUGCCCCACUUACCUCUCGUGGGUCCCAGCAGUAUGUAUCCCUCACUGUCCCAGAGCUAACUCAGCAAAUGUGGGAUGCCAAGAACAUGAUGUGCGCUGCUGAUCCCCGACAUGGAAGGUACCUCACUGCCUCUGCCAUGUUCCGUGGUAAGAUGAGCACAAAGGAAGUAGAUGAGCAGAUGAUCAAUGUCCAGAACAAGAACUCGUCCUACUUUGUAGAGUGGAUCCCAAACAAUGUGAAGUCAAGUGUGUGUGACAUCCCACCCACCGGUCUAAAGAUGUCUUCCACAUUCGUGGGUAACUCGACUUCCAUCCAAGAGAUGUUUAGGAGGGUGAGUGAGCAGUUUACUGCUAUGUUUAGGCGCAAGGCUUUCUUGCAUUGGUACACGGGGGAGGGAAUGGAUGAAAUGGAAUUCACCGAGGCUGAGAGUAACAUGAAUGAUCUUGUGGCGGAGUAUCAACAAUAUCAGGAUGCAACUGCCGAUUAUGAGGAAGACUAUGAGAAUGAAGCUGAGGAGGCUUACGAGGGCUAGUAAUACACAAACUGUUGUCAUAUGCUUCUUUUUCAAUUUCCUUUUUCCAUCUUGAUCACUCGUAAUUGAAACUAUUACUUGCAUUAUAUUAAUUUGUUGUUCUUGGUUUGUAUGCUUCUUGGAGUAUAUCUUGUAUUAAGUGAAAUUUUACCCUUUUUACACCAUCUUAAUAUCUUUGCAUCUCAGUGGAGAUUAGCUUUUUGUUCA